AUGGACAAAUCAAUAGAGGUCACUCUCAGAGUAAAAACACAACAGGUUAUAGUACCGGGGCAAAAAGUCGAGGAAGAUGAACUCCCUUUACGUCGGUGGCAGAUGGAGCUUAUUAUGCUAGAUGCGAAGGCAAACGAAGUAGAGCCCACUAUCAUUUCCAAAUGCAUAUACCACUUACAUCCUAGCUUUAAAAAGCCUAGAAGAAGACUGGAUUCACUACCAUUUCUUAUUAAGGAAACUGGUUGGGGAGAGUUCAACUUGCAUAUUGAGUGUUUUUUUAUAGAUAAUGCCGGGAAAUUCAGCAUUGAACAUGACUUAACGUUUGACGAUAAUGCAUACGCAAUUGAUUAUACUGUUAAUGUUCCCUGUGGAUCUUCACCUCUCAAUAGUGAGCUAUCUAAAUACUUCAAUCUUCCGCGAAAAAUUGUGAAUCAGCAGGAACAGAUGUCGCUUCGUAUCACCGAUUUACCCUGGAUCAAAACUCUUGCACUUAUAGACGAGGACGUUAUGACAGAUGUCGUUCAGAUGAUAUUAAGCGACUCAGCGGUACAAAAGGCGGUUGAAAUGCAUCCUAGAAGAGACCAAUUUUUUAUGUUUAUAACCCAGCUACCCGAUGAAUUACUAAUGAGGAUCCAGGAGUUUUUAAAGUCACCGAAUGAUCGAACCGGUGAACAAAAGGCAACGAAUCUCAGUUCAGAUGUAACCAAUAUUUCAGCGCUUAAAGCUGAGUCAGUUAAAGGCGAGCCCUUUGAUGAAGAAGUACUUUGA